UGACCAGAAGCCGGACGGGGCGUAGGGAAGCGGCCGCCGUUGGCUCAGCAGCACCGCAGCCCCGGCCCCGCGCCGCCUAAUGGUGCCUGGCGGCCAGGGAGGCGGGGCCGGAGGAGGUCGGAGAACGGCGCUGCGGGAUGAGAGUUGGGACCAUGGCUAUUGACUGGAUUGGUUUUGCAUAUGCAGCAUUGCUGGCUGUUGGAGGUGUUGUAGCAUACACUCGUAAAGGUAGUAAAAUCUCUUUAGCUGCUGGUCUCACCUUCGGUUCUGUGGCUGGUUAUGGAGCUUACUGCAUAACACGUGAUCCGAGAAAUGUGAAGAUAUCAUUGUUUUCAUCUUUUCUUUUGACCAUUAUAAUGGGAAUGAGGUUCAAGAGGUCCAAGAAAUUAAUGCCAGCCGGACUAGUAGCAUGCCUGAGGCGGAUACAUCUGACAUGGACUGACUUUCUGAGCACAGAAAGGAGAGAUCUGCAGUUAAAUAUUAAUGCAUAUUGAUAAGGCUCUUGGAAGAACCUGAGCCUUCUGAUGAUUUUGAGGCUUGUUUUGAUGCUGCUCUAGGGGAAUUUGGCAGAGUCAGAAUUGAAGUACAACUGCCACACCCACCGAACAAACAGGCAAGCUCUUCAUACUUGAAGGACAAGUUUGAACACAAGUCUUACUUGCAUUGCAUUUAUCUUUUCUGUAAAAGGUCUGUACCUGUUAUUUGAUUAUUGACAUUUGCUGAUAUUUUGCAAGCUUUUUAUUAAACUAAAACGGGUGGCUUGUUGAUAAUAUAUUUUGAUCUACUUCUGUUUAAGCACUCUGUUAACUCAAGGGAUCUUUCUCUGUAAGUUUUAUCUCUUUUAGGGGUGCUGAGCACCGCAAGAAAUUGAGUUAGUCUUGCACUCACUACAUCUCUGAGAGAAGGAUAUAUAUAAAUACAUGUUUUGCUAAAAAGGUAUGUUGUACUGAACCAUAAUUUUCUAGCUUCUGAGAUUAAGUAAUCAAUUCUAAUCUCACUGUCAAUUACUAAUCAGUACAGGCUCGGGCCUGUGCUAUGUUGCACUAGAAAACCCACCUUCCUUUCAAACACAGUUUCUUACCCCACUGUUUCUAAAUGUAAAAAAUAUUAUCAGUAUUCAAAUAAAAUGCAAAAUGCUUGAAA